AUGGCUGGCAAAGACUACCUUUCGAUUGCUAUGACUGUGGAAGAAUGGGAGCGUGGCGAGCUGACUCCUCCACAUUUACUAGCGGAAGAUGAAGAAGAAAAAGAUGAGAGAAAUUUAGGGGAACAAGUACUGGGAAAAGAAACCAAGAAAGGGAGAGAAGGAGGAAGCCUGGUUUCGCUACGGAUCAGCAAGGAAAGUACGACACAAGCUUGCCCCAGGGAGUUGCAAUCUUGUGCUAUUUGA